CUGGGGGUCAGAAUUGUUUUGUCAAUUCAUGAUUCAAGCUCUCCCACUGCGUCUGCCUCGUCGCUGAUAAGCCCUGCAGCUCGGUGGUGACCAACCAGCUGCACAGCGAGUAGUCGCAAAACAGUAGUAGCCAUGGACGCCGACCAAUCAAAUCGCGAGGCAGAUGCGUCGCAGGCGAAUGCGUCGCAGAACGGCGUGGAAGCAGUAACGGAUCACAGCGUCGGAGGCGGCGACGACGACGCGGCGGAUGUGAUUGUAAUGGUGGACCCUCUCCGCGUGAAGCGAGUGCGGGAGAUGGACGUCACGGGUAGCGAGGACCACGUGCUCGACCCCCCUGAAGGCGAGCGCAUGCUGGCUCUCCUUGCCCAGCUGGACGCGGCGCGGGGGCGCGCUGCGCUGAGGAAGGGCGCACGGGGGCAGAAAAACGCGGCAGGGGGAAAGGGGGGGCGGAAACGGCGGAGCAGGGGGGAGGAGGACGGGGAGGUGGGAGAGGCACAUGGGGAAUGGGCGUGGCAGGGGGUGAUGUCACAGCUGACUUCAGCUCAGGAGGAGCUGAGAGUGAUUGUGGAUCUGGUGAAUGCGGUGGAGAGCGGUGCAGAGGGGCUGGCGGUGAGUGGGGUGUCGAAGCCGAAGCAGCAUGCAGCAGAGAUGAGCUCCGACCUUACUGCCAGGCUGGCAGGCAAACACCAGCUGCUGCAGGAUGUGGGCGGUGGGUUGCUGCACGCAGCAGCGCGUCUCACCCAGCAAGUGAGCGACGACGCACCGUUCUACACCGCACUGCAGUACAUUCAGCACAGGUGGAAGGUCAAGCGCACCCACCCUGCCCUCGCCGCUCCUCCAACCCCCCUCUCCUCCUCCUCUUCCACUGCUGCUGGUUUUGCUGCUGACGUCACUGUGCAGUCGCUCCUCCUCUCCCUCCCUCACUCGCUCCCCCUACCUGCCAGCAUGCCUGUCAUACCCGCUACAAGCCUCCCCUUUACCUCGUUGAGACUCGAUAGGGACAAGCAGGGGAUGCUCCGUGCUGCUUCGCCUGAGGGCCAGCCAAUCAGGAAGCUCCACGUCAGCUUGUUUGGGAGGGAAGCGAAUGAUGAUGAGGUUGGGGAGGACGGUGGUGGUAGUGGUGGGGGAGAGGGGGGGGAGGGGGGAGUUGAGAAGGAAGGGAGAGUGGAGGAGGAGAGUGGGGAUGGAGGGAUGAAGGAAAGAGAGAGUGGUGGAGGGAUGGACGAGGAGAAGGAGAGUGAGGAGGAGGGGGAUGUGGGGAGGGCGGUACGUAAGGCGCAUCAGCUGCUGAGGGCAGUGCAGCGGUCGUGGUUUGACUGGCAGCUAUUCGAGUCUCUCCAGGGUGACCUCACAGCAGCAACUGCCGUCUCUCUCCCCCUCACCUCCAUCUCCUCCUCCUCUCUCUCCCUCUCCCUCGCCUCCUCCCCUGCCUCGCUCUCGCUCCACCUCCUCUCCCCCCCGUCCCCCCCUGCUCUCUGGUCCUCUCUGACCCAGCACACCCUCAAUCGCCGUCACUAUCGGUUGCAGCUUAAAGGGGGGAAGCAGCAGCAGCAGCAGGGGCAGGGUAAGGGGCAGCUGCAGCAGAGGCAUUGGCAUGACAGGGAAGCCUUUGGAAAAUUCAUGGACCGGGCAGAGUCGGCAGCUGGGAGGGUGUACCUGGGGGAGGCUUAUCUGCUGCUCCAGCAGCAGGCACAGGAAAGAGUGAGGAAGCUUCGUUGGCAACUUGCUGGCGGUGGAAGCGGUGUGGGGAUGGGGGUGGGUGUAGUGGAGCUCUUGUGGGGGGCUGCAGCGCACAGAGCAAAGAGGAGAGCGGUUGAACGAUGCCUUCAACGCAUGGUGCGUUUUUGCCCGCACCUGAGGCUCUCAUCCCACACCACUCUGCAGCCCUCCAUAGCUGCAUGGACCAUCUCCUUCCACUCUCCCCCAUCAAGCCCUGUGAAGUAUUGUGACCGCGUGGAGAGGGGAGAGUUAGGUGCAGGGGAGAACAUUAUGGGGGAAGUGGGGGAGGGAAGAGGGGCUGGGGACCUGGCAGGGGGAGGGGGUGGAGGGAGGAGGGAAGGAGAGGGGGAGAAGAAGGGAGGCGCAGAGAAGGGGGGAGGAACAGCAGUGGCUGAGGGGGGAGGAACAGCAGUGGCUGGGGGUGAAGGUGGGGGCAAUACGGCAGGGGCAGCAGCAGCUGUCGAAGCAGCUCAAGGCAGGGCGGCAGAAGAACCAGAUGAAGCAACAGCACCAGGUGCCAAGCCACCUGCCGUUUCACCUGACGAUUCCUUGCACGGCAAGGUGGCAAGAGACGUUGGCGAAGGUCCGAAUGUUGGGGACAGUGCGCUUGGGACUGCUGAUGAUACUGCUGCUACUGCUGGUGGCAGUGCGCUCCGGACUGCAGCGGACGCUUCUACUGCAGCUGGCGGUGCGCUCGGGACUGCUGCAGGAGUGGGGCAGCAGUUGCAUGGGGAGAAGGGAAGUGAGGGCACGGAGAGAAGCAAAAGGGUAAGGAAUGAGGAGUGGAGAGGGGGUGAUGCAGGGGAGAGUGUGUGGGAGGUGACAGUGCAACAGACAGAUGUGGAGCUAUCUAUUGUGGUGACUGGCACAGCAAGAGGCGGGAAUAAUACACUCCCUCGCCAGUUUAUGCCCUCUCAUCCCAUGCCCUCUCACCCCAUGGUCUCUAACCUCAAGUGCUCACUCCCUCUCUCUCUCCCCACGGUGCUUCCCUCACUGUCGGACCUCUCCUCUCUCCUCCUCAACCACGUGGCUUCAACAUGCAUCGCCGCCCUCUUAGCUCACGCCCACUCCCUCUCCCUUCCCGCCUCUGCCUCCCCCUUCUCCCUCUCCUUCUCCACCACAUGCCACCGCUCUGAACCACAUCAAAGUACGAGCAGUGUCACUUCCAUUCCCAGUCAAGAUACUGGUACGUGCUGCUUGCUGGCGGUGCCUGACUCUGCAGCCAGCUGCGUGCUCUGGUGGAUGGCACCCAGAGAACAGGCCCUAGCGGCUCUGGAGGUGCGUGCGAGUGCAGCGGAGACGGGAGGGAGUGCGAGCACAGGGACAGAGGGAGCAAGACGGCAGAAGGAUAAGCUGGUGGAGGGGAGUGAGGUGUUACUGGGGGCCUUGGGAGUUGAGCAGCUCAGGGAUAUCAUCACAAGGGUAGCCCUUAGAUAGGAUACAGGUGUAAUAAUUUGUAGAAUGGUGCAGAAGACUUGCAGGAGACCAAGUAUAGAAUCUGCUUGAGUCAAGACUUGGGAGCAGUUGCAGUAGUGCGCUCGAACAGAUACAUCGCGGAAUAGGUACUUCUAGCAGAUAUAAAAGUAGCUUGUACAACUUCAAUUAUCAACUUGAAAUUCAGUAAAUUCUGGUCAACACU